GCUGGCGGCGGGGGCUGCCGGGGCGCCGGGGGCGGCGGGGCGGCGCGGCGGGCACCGGGCGCGGGCACAGCUGCGGGCACCAGCCACGCCGGUGUCGCCGCCGCUGCCGCCGCCACCGCCGGGCGGAUCCCGCGCUUCUGCCGGAGCUUCUUUCGGUCGCUUUACUUUGGCGGCCCGGAGCAGGGACAUUAUGCCGAAGAGAAAGUCUCCAGAGGGUGCUGAAGGCAAGGAUGCAGCAAAAGUAACUAAACAAGAGCCCACCAGACGAUCAGCAAGACUGUCAGCAAAACCUGCUCCACCAAAACCUGAACCCAAACCAAGGAAAACAACGAAGAAGGAACCUGGAACAAAGGCCAGCAAAGGUGCUAAAGGGAAGAAGGAUGAAAAGCAAGAAGCUGCAAAGGAAGGUACUACACCAUCUGAAAAUGGUGAAAAUAAAGCUGAAGAGGCUCAGAAAACUGAAUCUGUAGGUGACAAGAAUGAAUGAAAUACCAUGAAAAUUUUGGGUUGAUUUUAUGUACCUCUUGGACAACUUUUAAAAGAUAUUUUUAUCAAGUAUUUUGUAAAUGCUAAUUUUUUUAGGACUAUGAUAGUUGACAUAUUAAACUGUAUAUGAACAUUUCCCUUCUCAUAACAGUGCUUUUAGAAAUUCCCAUUGUUGCCAAGUAAUAUAAAUAUCAACUUAAUAUUGCAAGGUAUGUGUAAAAUUGGAUCAGCAUUCCAUACACUUGCUUUAAGAAAUUAUGUCUUGUGCAUAUGGUGAUGUUUUUACUGUGUGUAUUGGAAUUUUUCAUGCAGUUUUUCUAGAGCAAUAAUCAGUGGUGCUUUUGUACUUAGGUUUUAUGUGAUUUUAAUGAAACAUGGAUAGAUGUGGCCACCUGCUGACUAUUUUGGGUUCUUUUAAUGGAUUAAAAUAAAAGGUCUCCUUGCCUGCAAAACUAAAGACUCCUAAUGUUUUCUCUUAAUCUGAGGAAUGUCACACUCACAUCUUUGACUGUUACAAGGCAGACUCAAUGAUUUAAUAACAGUUGUUUUGCAUGCAGUGCGUUUGCUUUUUUUUUUUCUUUCUUUUUUUUCUGAUGUCUGAUUAAAAACCACGCACACAGGAGCAGCAAACUGGGAUUUUCAGUGGCCUACAGUUUAGGGGACUUACAGAUAAAUUCUUCAUAGAUACAUUCAUCAGAUACACUGUCACAGGGUGAGUAGAGUUGCCAUACUCUGACAGGAUAUUGUGUCUUCAGUGAGCUAUCAGUACAGAACAAAUUGCUUGGUUGAUAGAGACGUACAGUAAUUUUAAAGUAGCUUUGUUUCUCCCUGCUCUCUUUUCAUGAAUGUGCACUGUAGUCUAUGGAAACCUUUCUUUCUAUCUUGAGUCUCAAAUUUAAUAUAAAUAGUAAUUACUGUUCUUCAGAUGAGGACAGUUGUUAAUACAUUGAAAUCACUGUUAAACAGUGCUAUAUAUUUGGUACCUGGUGGAAGUGGAACAAUGAAAGCUGGUUUUGCGGUAAUUGUGGUGAUGUGGUGGAUUAGCUAAUGAUUUUUUUAGUGUCCAUGUUUCAACUCUGCAGCUCAUUCUAAGUACCUUUUAUGAUUUUUCUCCUUUUCUCUAGGGGUCCUGGUGUUUCUAUUGUUACUUCUGGGAUGGGAGGGGUGAAAGAAAAGAUGUUCCCUGUUCUUCGGUAGCAUUGAUUUGUAUUGCUCAAGUGGUAGCCAUUGUCUGAGGAUACCUUUUGCUUGUUUAAGUCAAUAAAUAAAUGUUGCCUGGC